AUGGAUUUUAAAGAACCCGGAGACUAUAAAACUGAAGUCCAUUUCAUUGGACAAAUAGUCGCAGGAACACAGUUUGAUACCAGUGCUGGUCUUUUUUGUGAAAUUCAUUUGGAGUAUGGCGACCAAUGAAGAGAACUCCCAAAUCGUUCAGAACAAGGAAUCCAAACACAAACAAGUUAUCCAAGUGUUGAUGAACUGAUCGUGUGGGCUCAUCCUAUUGAUCUUCACUUUUCCACAAAUUCGAUAUUUGGGUGGCCUAAGUUUAUAUACAAAAUUUUGUAAAUUGGCAAUCAAAAUUUGUGAAUCUGCCUUAAUUUUUAUAAGAAAAAAAUUAGGUGUUAAUAUAAUAGUUAUAAUAAUAUUGUAUAAUAAGAGUGUGGCGUUUAGAUGAUGUUGGGAGAAUUGAUUUGUUAUCUUAUGGAGUUACCGCGCUACCUUGUAGCCCGGGAUAUUUUAAAUUAGAAUGCCCCACAUGAAGACCUAUAGGGACUUGGCAAGAUGAAGCAAUGGCUUUUUUUAUUGGCGGGCCACCUCGACUUAUGAACCAAGAUGCGCUUACAAAAGAAGUCGGCCUUAGACAAACACUGAAAACUGUUUCUUCAGGAAGUGUUAUUAUAGAAAUCGAAGUUAUGCUUACUCCUUCUCUAGUAAUCAGCAAAAUUUUAUCAGGGUGUUAUUAUAAAAAUCAUUUUUAAUUUCCUAUAAAAAUAUCAAAAUUCCUUAUGUGCUCAUCUAAAAUUUCCAAUUGCAGGAACCCUUAAUAAAGAUUACUUAUUACUGAAAUAUGGAGUUAGGAACUUCGAUGUACAUUGGGCGCGAAGCCAAAUUAACUAG